AUGUCGACACUCUCAUCCGACGGCCUUCAGGCACUGCUCAAAGGGGUGGGCGUGCAAGGUCCAAUCCCGCCCUUUCCAUUGGCUGAUACAAAGAACAGCCCAGUCGACAUAUACAUAUCAUAUCUCGCGGAGACGGUCACUCAACUCACGGGAUGUGAACCCUCCGUCGCCUACGAGUCCAUUCAAUGGGCGAACGAUGUGGGAGACCUUGUGGUGGUCGUGCCGCGGCUACGACUCCCGGACGUCGAUCCUCGAGUGCUUGCCGAAGAACUUCAGUACAACUUCCCCGACACGCCGCUUUAUGCAGCCCCGUUUAGCGAUGCAUACAAUCUGCGCUUCUUCUUUGACAGCCGCACCCUGGCUGCUAUUGUUCUGCCUUAUAUCAUCGACCGUGGAAAUCUCUAUGGGGAAGAUGCGGGUGUCGGGCUGCAUAGCCCUGGCUCUCCGGACGGUGGGCGGCGGAAGGUCGUGGUUGAAUUCUCAUCACCGAACCUCGGUCAAGAAUUUGAUGGCAAUCACUUACGGAGUACCAUCAUUGGGGCUUACGUUGCCUCAAUCUAUGAAGGCAUGGGGUGGGAUGUAUGCAGGAUGAGCUUUCUCGGCGAUUGGGGCAAGAAUAUCGGGCUGUUGGCGACCGGGUGGUUCAGAUUCGGCUCAGAAGAACUCUUUGCUGCCGACCCUCUCAGACACUUACUGGACAUCUACACUGAAAUUGGAGCACUCUUCAAGGCCGAGCAGAAAACUCCUGAGCAUGAUAAGGCGGAGAAGCGGGAAACUCCUAUUGCCGAGGAGAGAGAUGCAUUCUUCAAGAAAAUGGAAGAAGGCGAUCCCGAUGCACUGUCUCUGUGGCGACGGUUCAGAGAGGUCUGUGUUGUAAAGUAUGCUGAGCUCUACGCCCGUCUUCACAUUGAUUUCGACGAGUACUCCGGCGAGUCGCAAGUCACCCAUGAGACAACGGUCGAGGUUGAGUCGGCUCUCAAGGAGAACGGGGUAGAAGAGGAAGGGGAGGAGGCUUGGAUCAUCAACUUCAAAGGCCAUGGAUACAAAGGCCUUGGGACGCCUGUGGCACGACACCAGAAUGGCACGACAAGCUAUCUUCUGAGAGACAUCGCCGCCGUGCUGGAAAGGAGCAGGAAAUACUCCUUCGACAAGAUGAUAUACGUUGUCUCGGCCAAACAGGAUACGCAUUUCCAACAAGUCUUCAAAGCGUUGGAGUUGAUGGGCCACACAGAUCUCGCUGGUCGACUUCAGCAUGUCAGCUUCGGCAAAUCUCAGGGGUUAUCAUCCCAACCAGGCGCCGGUGGGACUUUGCUGGGUGACAUCCUGAACCAGUGUCAGAGCGCCGUCCUAGAGUUUCUCCACGCGCAUCCGGGCGACUUCUCCCAACAACCAAGCGAACAUACCACCGAACUCGCGGAUGGCUUGGGCACGACGACGCUCAUGGCGGAAGAGUUGUCUAUCAAGCGUACUAGCACCUUCGUCUUCGACCUGGCCAAGAUGGCCACUUACGACGGAUACACGGGGUUGACUUUGCAAUACUGGCUGGAUCGAGUCAAAGUCAAGCUGAAGGGGUCCAGUGUAGAUCGAGACAGACUUCCGACGGCAAACUACUCAAUGUUUGAAGAAGAGGCCUAUGGGCCGUUUGUCGAUGUGAUCCGGUUGUUGGUGCAAUUUCCCGGUGUCGUCAAGUCCUCAUUCCGGUUGCUGGAGUCUUCAGCCAUCCUCACCUAUUUGUUUCGUCUUGUCGAUCUCUUGGCUCUUGUGUGGACCCUGGAGGCGACGCAGGAAGAGGGAGAGGAAGAACUCGACGGGGAACAGAUUGACGGGCCAGCUGGCUCAUCAGGCAAUAAGCCGGCGAAAGAGGCCGUCGAGCAAGAGUCUCCAGCAGAAGACGGAUCAACUGAAACUGUUGACGAGGCCGGGGGUGUGCCACCCCCGGAUGCCAAUCCGGACGUACAGGGACAAGAAGUCCCUGUGGAAGAUGAAAACAAAGAGAUAGUAGAUGGCGACGACGGCGAAGAUGCAGCUCGAGGGGACGAGUUAGCCAAGAUGGCCCAGGAUGAGCACCAGGGACAAGGGGUGGAGCAGGAUGAGUCUCUCCGAGAUGAAGAGACCAAAGAAGGGAAGUCCAACGAUGAAUUGGAAGAGGACGAGCAUGAAGCAGGAUCACAAUUGAACAACGACUCAGACCAGGCUGAUCUGACGAAGCAACUAGACGAGCUCCAACUGGAUAGCGCCACCGAAUACACCAUAGGGCACGGUCAGGAGCAAGGAAACGAAGGAGAACAGGGGCCAUCUACAGGAAGUUGGGACAAGGGCAAACAACGAGCCCCAGACACAGAGCCCGAACUUUCCGAUCAGGAUAUUCUCAAGCUCGCUGUCUAUCAGUGCGUUCGCCAUGUUCUGGAAAAUGGUAUGCAGAUGGCGGGCCUGGUUCCCAUGUCGAUGCGAACGUAA